AUGGACGCCUUCGGCGACUACGACUCCGUCGCCACCGCACGCGCGCUGCGCGUCAUGCUCGCCUUCGAGGACUCGGGCGCGGCGCUCUCCGACGUCGUGCCCGACGGCGACGCGGGCUGCGACCGCGAGGCCCUCGCGCGCGCCCUCGAAGGCCACGAAAGCCUGCGCGAGCUCGGCGACAAGGAGCUGUCGGCGCUGCUCGGCGAGGCCGGGCGCUUCGUCGACGACGAGCGCCGCGUGACGCGCGCGUCGCUCGGCGCGUGGCUCACGAACGAGCGCGAGCGGCUCCGCGAGGAGCUCGCGGCGCGCCUCCACCUCGCCGAGGCGCCGGCCGCGGCGCCCGGCCCCGCGCCGGGCCUCGUGCCCGAGGGCGAGGCGCCGCCGCCGUCGCCGUCGGCGGUUUCGUCCGCGUCCGCGUUCAGCGACCUCCUCUUCGGCGGCCUGCGGUCGCGGGACCCGGCCGUGGCCCGGGCGGCGGCGGAGGUCGCGGCGCGGGACCGCGCGCGCGAGCGCGCGCGGGCCAUCGCCUUCAAGCACCGCCAGGCCGCGCGCGAGAGCCGCAUCUUCCAGC